UAGCAGUUUCUUGUUCACAAGAAAUAAUCGAAAUGCGAGGAACAAGGUUUUGAAAUCGUUGAGGAAACCGAAACAAUUCCGACUGCAACAUAACUCUUCGACGAACAAACACAAGCAAGCAAGCAAGCAAACCAAACCCUGUCGGCCCACCCUUGGGUUGCAAACAGAGACCCAGGGAACCAAAGACCCACCGCUUCCUGCAGAUCCGUCCGCAACGAUGGGGUACCCGGCGUCCGCGUCCACCUCCACGUACGAGUUCGCCCGGGCCAGGGAGUCCAGCGGGGCCAACCCCGACCAGAUCCACUACGACCCGGAGGCGGCCUUUCGCAACCAGGACUACCGCAGGGUCUUCCACCAGGACGGGACCAUCGGGACCUUUUCCGUCCGCCUCCUGGAGGCCUCGGGGCUGAGCCGGCGGUACUGGAGCGCCCUGGCGCUGGGGCCGAUGAAACACCUGGGCCUCAGCAAGGCCCACGGGGGCGUCUCGAGCUACGUGAGCCUCUGCCUCGACGCCCACGCCCGGGAGCCGCCCCCUUUGCGGGCUUCCGGGGGCGGGGCCGACCGCAAGAUGCCCGCGUUUCCCCCCGCGGAAGGGGCCCCGCACCACCUUGCGGACACCACCGAGGCGGCCCUCCGGCAAACCCGGUUCUCCUCCUUUGUCUCGCCCGUGGUCCCGAACAACAACGACCCCGUCUGGAACAACUGCGUCUUCGAGAUCCCCCUGCAAAAGGGAGCACUGGGGGACGGCCAGCCCGUGCGGAUCUCCCUGAGGGUCGACGAGGACGCGACGGCCAUCGAGAACAUGAUCGCCAUCCCGGGGAUAGGGAUCGCCCCGGGCCCCCGGGACCGCCUCCUCGGGGUUGGGGGCCUCGACGUGACGGCCCUCUGCCUGGGGCAGAACCCUGCGACCGGAAGGCCGGCGACGGGGGUCGUCGAUGCCUGGAUUCCGAUCAAGCACCCCGACGACGACGGAGAGGAGUUUGGCGAGGAGGAACGCGACGACGACGACGACGCGGCGUCGCAGCAGGCACGGAGCGAGGAAGAACUCCUCCGGAGAAAACAGGACAGCGUCUACGGCGGCCCCGGCGGGGAAGCCAAGCCGGCCGCCGCGGCGACCAGCGGCGAGGGGACGGUCCUUCGGAAGCGGUCCGGCGGCCGGGUCCGGGUGCUGGUCACCUACCAGCCCCACGGAAUGGACCCCCAGAAACACGACGUGGUGGCCCUCGAGGCCUUUGCCCGGCAGAACCCCUCCACCGCCACCUGCGGGUCGGUUCUCCCGCCCCUCCUGCCCAUGGUGGUCGCGGAGACCGAGGGGCCCUGGCUCCUGGUCCGCUACCGGUUCCCCCCCGCGGAGAAGGGGACCCCCUUUGGCCCCGAGCGGGACCACCGUUGCGAAGCGAGGGGCCUCGCCCGGGUCCACCGGAACGCGGUCUUUGUCAUCGAGCGCAAGACGCUCGCCGACGGGGCCCUCGGCCUCGCCCUGGCCCCCGCCGAGCUGGUCCUGUCGACGCCGCUGGGGAGGGGGGCGACCGAGGCCCUCGGGCCGGCCCUGGUGGCGGGCCGGAAGCUCCUGGAGCCGGCCCUCCUGUCCUCGAGGCUGCUGUGGAUGGCGGUGCGGACGACGGCCAAGGCGACGGCCACGGGGGUCUCGGCGGCGGGGUCGGCCUUUGUCCGCGAGGGGGCGACCUCCCUCACGAGCGACGGCCCCCGGAGCGGCGGGAGGCGGGCGAGCGGUUCCGAGGCCGGGAGGGUCCGGUACGUGUAGCCAAGGGCGGUGCGGCGGCGCUGGGGACCAACCCCGAAACGGCGCCAAGGGGUUCCGGCGCAAGAGAAUACAGUACACCGCGCGGU